UUUUCUUUCCCCUAUAAACAGAAACUUUUUUUUGCACUAUUUACCUCACGACUGAUCCUGACUGGAUCCUUCCGGACAAGUCCACCUCUCCUGCGACCACGUAGAAGCACUCUGCUGUAAUCCUAUUAUGAGCGCAGCACAAAGGAGCCUAAGAGGUUUACCCUGCUGCUUCUGACACACUGAGUUGGCUUCUCUCCCCUGAGAUGCCCGGAGAGCUGUACAUGUGGUCAUUUGGACUUGAAAUCCACAACAUCUAUUGUGCUUUGGUGAAAAGAAGACAUAUUGGUAAUAGGAUUGUUUGUGUGGGCUGAGGGAACACUGAUGAUGAGUGAAGAUAAAGUGAAUGAGAUGAUCCAGGGAUGGCGAGACACUCCGGAAGAGGAUUUGAAGCUGGAGGGGUGUGAGCAGCUCCAGACGGUUGGAGCAGCCUGUCUAAAUGAAGGUGACGGCGAACGACUCCUGAAAUUUGUUCAGGAUGAGAAAAACCAGGUUAUUGUGAAGUCGAUGGGGUGUGGCCUCCUGGCACCUCUUGUAAGUGAAGUGGUUAAAAACAAGGAGAGCCAUGAUCACUGCCAGGCUGCCAUCACACAGUUGACCAAGACUUGCAGCCCAAAUAAACUCAUGCAGAGCUUCCUUGAAGUGAUUGAAAACACUGAUCCAGGUGUCAUUUCCGAGACCAUAUUAGCCCUUCUCCCGCACCUUCAGACAGUUCUUCUCCAGCUGGAUGAGAGGAAGGCAGCCGGUGUGGGUUUGGUUCUAUCAGCCCUGCAGAAGCAGCUGUCCUGGCUGCCCGUCCCGUACACGCAGCAGCAGGAAGAGGCUGACCAGUACGGUCUGUGUCGAUGCUGCCGCGCCUUGACCAUGCUCGCUCAGCCUUUUGUGGAAGAAGUGAAGAAGAAGGAUGAAAACUUGAUGAGUUCAGAUGAAGAUGAGGAGAUGAAGACUGAACUUCUGAAGUUCUGCAUGAGGAGCUUGAGGGAACCUUUGCUUGAAGCUGAUCUGAACCGAGGCAGAAAAUCAGCAUUGUGGCUACACGCGGUGGAGAUCAUGGGGAUCCUAUCUGCCACCAAAGAGUCUCUUUCUGGGCUGCUGUUCUUCACGUCCUGGAGGAGAGGAACUCUGAUAGACAACAGUCUGUCCAAGGAAUCUAGAGCAUGUUUGGCCUACCUGCUGUUCGUCCAGCUCAUCAGCAUGGAGAGCUUCCCAGCAGUGUUCAGUCCCGUGUUUAUUCUUCAGGGCAACAUGGAGCACAUCAAUCAUCUCCUCAGUAGCAAAAAAGAGUCACAUUUGCUCAAAGGACUGGCGCUAUUUUCAAAAAGCUUGGAGAAGGUAGAAGACAACAGCCUUCCGGUGGGUCUCCUGGAGUUGAAAAGCUUCGGUAAAGCACCACAGAACUUGCGGUAUGUUCUUAUUAACUGUCCCCUGCAACACUUGAGAAAAUCAGGAUUGCAGGAUUUUCAACUCUUUAUAAACAAAUUAGACGCUGAAGCAAAGCACAAAUUUUUCAGGUGCAUGCUAAAAACCAGUAACCAUGCAGGCGUUGAGGCUUACAUAGUCAAGAACAUCAAGAAUGAAAUACAAUCUUCUAUGAAGGGAAAUGCAAAUAAAUGGUUCCUGGGACCAGACCUUCUGCCCUUGCUAGAACUGGUGUUGCAUUUACCACAAGGGGCUGAGACAGACCUGCUCACCAACAUGGACAAAAUAAUGGAGACUUUGAAUCUGCUGCGCUAUUUGCUCAUCCGAGACCAACAACUGAAAAGCAGCGUAGAAAUGUGGAAGGAGCUUUGCAGGAUCAAAGACCAAUACCUAAAAAUCGUGCGAGUGUGCAUCAGCAUGUCAAGAGCGUAUUAUUGUGCUGAGCUAAAAUCACUAAAGGAGGACAUACAGCUGAAAGCAAAAGAAGCCAGAGAUGCAGCUAGAUCCACCAGAUUGAUCAAAACCAUGACGACAAAGGAUGUGAAAGUGUCUAACAUGUCUCCACAGGUCCAGUACCAGGUGCUGCAGAGUGCUUUGGUGACGUUUGACAUGAUGGAGAGUGUUGUGGUCCGAAUUGAAGAGAUCACUGAGGAAAAGCUGAGCAAAAUGCACUGAGACAGCUUCCUACCUCUACAGAGUACAUUUUAAACACUAGGUAAAAUAAGGAAUCCUGCAGACUGCCCUGAUGUAAUCCCUCAUCCUGAUGUAAUCCCUCAACCUGAGUAGAAAAGCAGAAGGUGACAGUGGAAAGGAACAACUCUCUUCAUUCAAAUCUUUGCUUUAUUCCCAAACUUUAUUGUUUCAGCUCAGCAAAUAAAUUCAAAUAUCACACAAAGGUCA